AGAGAGAGAGAGAGAGAGAGGAUCUUCUUUUGGAUCUCUUGUGGUUCUCUCUUUUGUUUAUUUUUGGGCUGUGGAACUCCCACAGCCUCUGGUUUGGCUUUGGCGGGAAGGUGGGAGAUGAGGCGGGUGGGGCGGGCGGAGUCGCCGGAGGUGGUGAGGGUGAACGAGUCCUCGCCGGAGUCGAGCUUCCGCGAGCUCGACGACGUCUUCUUGCAGACUCAGGCAAGAAUAUGGCUUGCAGAAGUUCUGCACAUCAGAUUUGAUGAGGAGAUGGCCAUUGCUGAAUUACUUGCGGAUGGAGAAUUGCUGUUCCAAGUAUCAAAAAUAGUAUGGAAAAUGCUCUUGAAAAAGUAUCCAGAGCUGAAGCAUUCAAAAGUUUAUAUAUAUGAACGAACUUCUUUUGGCAAAAGUAAUAGGAAGUACAUGCCUUAUCCCAAGGUUGACUCAUUUUUGAAGGUCUGCCAGAUCCUCGGGUUGACUAGCAUUGAUCUGUUCUCCCCAUCUGAUGUUGUUGAGAAAAGAGAUAUUCGCAGAGUCUGUAUGUGUAUACGUUCUCUCUCUAAGAAAGCCAGGUCGAAAAACUUAAGAGUUCCAGAUUUUGAUGUGGUCACAUAUGCAAUAGUCAUGCCCACUGAUCUGGUUGGUGGUAUCCGCAGGAACUUGGAACAAUCACAGUGUAGCUCAUCAAGUUCCAGUGGAUAUAGUCCUUGCAUUGAUUCAAGGGAAAUAUACAGACAGAGGAGUUCCAGUGGUAACCAUGCUCAAAACCAUGACUCAAAUUCUGAGUCUGAUGAAGCAGAAAGCAGUUUUGCUGGGUUAGAAUUUCAGAGUCCACGGUCAAAUGCUUCAUAUGAUGCUGCUACCCUGUUGAAUAGUGUUGGAGGGAAUUUCCCUGGAGGAAACUCUGUUGAUGAUGAAAAUUUAUCUCAAAUGCACAUGGACUUUAACAUGGAAAGCCAGGAGUGUCAUGAAGAUGGGCAAAAGAGUAGGCUUCGUGGAGAAAUUAUGUUAACUGAAUUAGCAGAUUUUCCUCAUGCAUCUGUUGGAAAAAAUGACAACCAUAAUUUCAUAGAGGCGCUUAAUUGUAAGUCAUUCUUGUCCCAUAACGAAUGUAGAACUUAUCAAGAUACAAGGACCUCUUUUGCUCAACUGGGAGACAUGAAAUAUCCAGACUGCCAUAAAUCUGGUGAACAGAUUCACAGUGCUGAUAUCAACUGUUUCCAAAGAUGUGCUUCAUGCUUUGAGGAUUCUAUGUCUGGAUCAGAUAAGAAACUUAAUGUCGAUGGGAAAGAAGCUUAUGAAGGGUAUGUCGGCUCAGUGUUGAGGAAUAUGAAUGAUAAAAAUCUCUUUGCUAAAUGCACAACCUCCAAUACUUGUACAGAUCUUGACAAUGAAAAAGAAGAUUUUGCCAAGGCAUCCAUAGGUGCUCAGGCUGAAAUUGUAUGUGAUUCUCCAGGAGAGGAUAAUGUACAAUUUGAUUGUGUGGCUCAGUAUGAGGAUGUCUUCAAUGAUUGUUAUAAAUGCAUACCUGAAUCUCAUGAUAGAAAGCCUAGAAGUAGUGAUAUCAUGGAGUUUUUAGAUGGAGAAUGUGAUCUACCUCCCAGAGGAUGUAUCGAUGUUGUUGCUGGAAAUGAGGAGCUUAAACAUGAUGGAAAUUUUGUCGAUUGGAGGACUUUGCCAGCAGACAUUAUCAGCCAUCAAGCAAGUUUUUCAGACUUAAAUAUCUACAGCAUGGACAAUUCUAAUUUCCUUAAUUCUGAUUCAGUGGUACUUGGUGGCUCAGUCGGUAUGGACACAGAUAAUUUAGAUUCAAAUGGUAGAGGCAUUAAAUACGGGGAUAAAAGGAAACCCUUAGAGGAGGACCUGGAUUCUGAAAUGCUGUCUAUGGCUGAAGCUCAUGCUCUUUCAGAAAAUGCAGCAACUGAAGACAAAUUAAAUAAGUGCGACUGUACCACUACUGAUUUGCAUGACAGAGAGAGAAACGAGGACAAGGAUCUGUUGACACCCAAAAGCUGCUCUUUAAGUGUCAAAACUGCAGGUAUCAAUAGAACCUCUUUGAAUGGGAUAAAGUUGCCACCUGUUCCUCAUUCUAGCAAACCUGUUGAAUUUCUUAAAUGUGAUACUAAAGAAUCACAGCCUGGCUCGAAAACUGAGGAUGAAAAUUCUGCUGGAUCUUUAUCAUCAAAUGCAGACAAGCAGGAUCGUUGUGUGGGAACUGUAAGGCAAUCAUGCAGCCAAUAUCAUAACCCACCUCCUGCAGAUUCAGCUUGCAAAAGUGAUGAAUGGGUUAUACCAGCCCAUUCUGAUAUCCUCUCUGAUUCUGGGACCACGGAGGAUAAGAACCACAGUGCCACUGGCACAGUCAUGUCAGAUGGAUGUUCCAAGGCUGAAUCAGAAGAUGCUCUCUCACAGAAUGUAUGGAUCACCCAUAUCAGUGGAACUUCAGCAGCAGCAGUGAGCCAAGCACCGGACAACAGAGAUGUUUCCACCUCCGAUCGUGAGAUGGAUGCAGUUGAACAACCAGAUGAUUCGACGGCGCAUAAAGAAGAUACCACUUACGGCCAUCCCAUGAGUCGUCCAAAGCAUGAAUCCGUGACCGAUUUCAACUUUCGUGGUGUCAAAAGCCAAUUAAUUGCUGGGAACUUUAACACUGCAAAUGAAGGUGGAUUGAAAGAUUACUUAAUUGAACGGAAGGACAGUUCCUGUUUUAAUCCAUGUGAAGCAUGCAAAGAUCCGAUGGUAGAGAUUAAACAAGACGGUCCUGAGAAACGAUGUGCAGAAAAUAGUCUGAAUUGCCAUACUCAGAGUGGAAGCAUCCCAGACUUUUCCACGAAAUGCAGCUCACAAUUGAUUGAAAGAGAGAAUGACGAUGAUUGUUGCGUGAGCUCUUCGGAAGUAGAAGAUUCAUGUGCUCGCUGGAUGAAACCUUGGUCAAGCAGUUGUAGAGGAUCUAGCCAGCGGCUUCUCUCAGUAGAGGAAAUGACCCUCAGGCAUUCGCAUUCAUCUAUGCCGAAUGGCAUGUUAGCUAUUUGUGAUUUCGAUUCAUCAUGUCAGCGGCAGAUUCAACAAACUGUUAUUGAUCCAUCAGACAACACAUGCUUGCCAAUGGGAAAUGAUAUCAUGCAGAGAGAAACGUCAGGAAGCCUGGGGAUUGAUUGUAUGGACAGAAGUGAAUUUAAUGGGUUGGAAAAACGAGGGACUGAAGUUACCGAAAAUUCCAAAGCACCCUGCACCGGUUACCCAAAUGAACUUGAUGGCUUGGAAUUUGCGGAUACCCAUAAUGCAGGUCCAGAAUCACCACCAGGUCAAGGUGGGGAUUGUGAAAUUGUGUCCAUGUAUGAAUCUGCAAGUUAUGACAGCUUUGCCUGCAAUGGCAACGAUCGGCAGUUUCAGGACAACAUUUGGCAGACUCAGGAAAACCUGCCCUUCUCAGCUCCAGGAUGUGCAGUGGAAGGGGAAGAGAACAAUUGCAUGGAGCAAAUUUCCGAGGGUGCAGAAGAAAGUGAAAAGGAAUCGGUGACGACACUUGUUUCAGGUGGGAAAAGAAGAGAUGGAACAACAAGCGAGAGACACAGUUCAGGCAAGAUAAUGCUGAAAUCAGUUGCUGGAGGAAUUACACUAGUCGGUUCACUGUUUCUUUUAUUACACCUCAGCAGGAGAAAGAGAGAUAAAGAGAAAAAUGGUGCAGCAGUUGUUGUGCCAUUACAAAUUCAAAAGCCAGGCAUGGAGGGUUCCACACAAAAGAAAAUAGAGAUAGGUAAAUCUGAUUCACUGUACCCUGGAGAGAGGCUGAAGUUUUAGGACCAGGAUAUAAUGAUAUUGAAUCUAGGUUGCUUGCAAGUUACAUGAACCUAGUAAUUAUUUAACAGACAUAGCAUCUUUCCUUUAAUGCUGCUACAACAUGCUGCAACUCUGGUUUGGUGAAUAAUUCAUUUUCCAGGUUGUGUAUAUAGGAAUGUCAAAAUUAGUUCUUGACCUUAUACAGUUUUUUGAUAGGUGGAAAAAAUGGCAUGCUUAUCAUGCAAUGUAAUCUCGGCAGUGUAUAUGAAAAUGUGUUCUGAACAAUGUAGCAAUGAAAUUUUGGGCAAUGAAAUACUUGCUGCAAUUUUGUGAAA